GUAUGGGUGAAGAGGUGUCUUUGUCGGUGAAUCUCGUCUCUGGAGCGUCGAUCACCCUGUCUUCUCCCGCACUGCAAGGUGAAUCCAUUGCCCAGCUUCGACUUCGCAUUGCUGAUGCUUUGGCCGCGCCUUGUGGCCAGGUAGCGCUGCUGAGUGGCACGGACUUGCUCAGAGACACCCAAAAGGUUGGGCAGUUGCCAGGCUCGCCUGGACCUUGCGAAGUGACAGCAAUGGUCUCUCGCAAGUGGGACGAGAAGCUGCAGGACCUCUUGGUCGAUACUUACCACUUCACUGCUGCUGGCAUCGCCUCCCUGUCAGAUGGGCUCUUUUUCGCUUCCUCUCCCAAAGGAACCUCCUCGCUCCGGGCGGAAGACUCCACGAGAGAGGUGACGCUUGAUGACGGCUCCACAGGCAAGAUGUUGAUCAAGGAGAGUAGCUGCCUGCUUCAAACCGCGCAGACGGGCCUGGCCCCCGAGGGAGGACUCUGGCUGGCAGGGCAGAAGAUGCGAAUCCUGCGCCAUGAUAAGGACGACUUCUUUCCGACAUUGAUUGCGGUCAGCAGAGAGUGGACACGCGAGGGCGUUGGCUUCGUGGCUGUGUGCACACAGUCAAACGUGCUUCUGUGCCGCUUCGACCGGAGCUCUAUGCUAUCCUGGGCCAGCUUCGCAAAGCCGCCGCCGGGUUCGCUGACCUUCUGGUUGAAGAGCCGGCUCAGCCCCGAGAGGGAUGGCUGGUACACAAGUUGGGAUCGACAGCCCUCCAUAAGUCUCGCGGCCAUGGCAGCUGCAAAGUCAUAUCAUGCGGCCGAAGACCUGCUGCGGAUGGCCCUGGGCUCGCUCAGCCAACAUGGCGUUACCAAAGAGGACGCCGUACAGGCUCGACGAGUCGGCGCCUUUGCUGUGGAAGAUUACCUUGACUUGAGGAGGUCCGCCCGCAAGAGCUCGCAAACAUCGUUUGGUCUAUUGCGGAAAAGGCUCACUGGGGCAUGCACCAAGGCCACCAGCACUGGCGAUGCCGGUGUGCUUGUUCGGUGCGUGACUGGCUGGCUGGAUCGCUUCGACGAGGCAACGCCGAACUUCCUUCAUCUCCUAGCGAUUGCUGCUGAUGGCGAGGGAUCUCAGACAUCUCAGCUGGACUUGGCAAGUUGGGGCAAGGCUUGCAGGUGCCUGAUCCUAAACGUCUUGCUCAUGACCAUAGGCAGUCACGAGCCGCAGACGUUUCGCCUCCGCUUCGAUCAGCCGCUGAGGCGCUUUGCCCGUGCAUACGCUGUGUUCCGGGAACUGAGCUUGGACCUCAGUGGUCCGAAGCAAGAGGAUGUCCUACGACUGUCGGGUUGGCAAAGUGGCAAAGAGUCUGCAACCUGUAGCUGUAAGACCCAGGCCUGGACAUCUACAAAUUGGUCGACGCCAGAGCAUCCAGAUCUUGUCGGGGCCUCGCGUCCCACGCAUGAUCUUGACGCGACAGCCAGCACUUACGCUUUCUGCGAUGGUCAGGAGGUCACCUUCAACGCAGAGGUGGCAGAAGAGCAAGUGUCGCAGACCUUCGUUGCGGCUGCCCUGGCUUCUCUUAAGUGCAAAGGGUCCAGCUUCACAGGCGAGUGCCCACAGCUCAGCUUGGGAGACAGUUUCAAUCUUCAACUGCGCAAGGUCACAGGUAGAAGCUCUCAGAAGUCGAAGAUGGAAUCGCAGUCCUUGGUGCCAGCUUCACAGGCGAAGCCCAAGGCGAAGGCAAAGGCCAAAGCGAAGGCUAAGGCAAAGGCCAAAGCCAAGGCCAAGGCAGCCGCAGUCCCGAAGGCAAAGGCAAAAGCAAAGGCCAAGGCAAAAGCAAAAGCCAAGGGCAAGAGCAAGGUGCUGCUCCUGAAAGCCACGCCCAAAGUCAAGGCCAGGAGCAAGACUGUGAUGGAAGGGGAAAGUCAGAAUGGCGCGCUGGUCAAAUGCGAGCAGAUUGACGAGCCCGAGGAUGGCAGCAAGCUGCCAGGUCGCAGCGUUGGAGAGCCAAAUCUUCCUCGCAAGCAGAUGUGUGCAGCCACAGUAAGCUUUGGCCCAGCGAAAGGCUGGCGUGUCAUCGCUUGGCUGAAGACGGUGAACGCUGUCAAGGAGAGGGCACAUGACUCUGUCAUUUGCUGGAAGUUCCUGUCUCCGCAGCGCACCCGUGCGUUCAACUCUUUUCAGUAUCUGAAGAAAGGGGUGGGUGAAGGAGUGUACACGCAAAUCUUCACAGCUGUGCGACCUCCGCUUUUGAGCCAGAUCCGUGAGAAGCGCCGCCAGCUGGAAGGAGCCAUGAUGCCGCCUCCGGUGCCCAAGAAGAAGGCGCGCCCCGCGAACACCAGCCGAUUACCACCUCCGGCGCCGCUGCAAGCGCCACGCAAGGCAGCCUCGGCUGCCUCGACAACCCCGCGGAAGGCUGCCCAGUUCCCGCCGGCUGCCAGGCAGUCGUUCCUGGCUGCGACGCAGUUCUUCGACCCAGCAGACAGCGCUCAUGGCGACGAAGGCGGCAGCUGCUUGUGGAAGAAUGGCUGCAUGGCCCGAAUGAGGAGGCACGAGCGGUGCAUCUACGGGGGCCGAAUGCAGCCUAGUGUGAUCUCACUGGUGGAUCGCGUGUUGAUCGGUCGGGGAGAGGCCUGUGAUGUCAUCCUUGAUUCAUCCCUGACUCCGCAGAUGAUCUCGCGAUCGCACGCCGUCGUGACGGUCGAGGAUGAAAACUGCAUGAUCGAAGCCUCUUGCCUUCAAGACGACUGCCCCGAACGUCGGCUGCAAGAUAUGCAUAAUGGUGAGCGUAUGCGUAGCAAACAUGUUUGGGCUUUGGCCAAAGUGUCAUCCACAGCCUCAGAUGUUGCGGAAGUGGUCUCUCUCACCAUGUGCCGGGUCAGCGAGCUCGCGCCGCAGCACGUGGCCAACGUUGCUUGGGCCCAGUCCUUGGCCAUUGCCAAGAUGUCGGCGAGUAAUGAUGAGCGAUGCCAGGUCUUUGCCAAGCGAGCCUUUGCUGCAACGACCGUCCAUGUGGGGGAGGCUCAGAUGGCCAAAACUGUUGCUGCGCUCAGCACGCAGCUUCUCAAGCAACUGGGACGCUGCAAUCCGCAGGAACCGGUGCACCAGGGCCAAGUGCGCUUCAAAACUGCUUGGGUGUGGGAGUAUCGCAGGCAUGUCAGUCCAGUGAAGCAAGAGGCAAGUUUUACUGUGAUAGUUGACCCGGCGCCAGAGUGGCGCCUCGCUGAUGAAGUGGCCGAGUCUGCAAGUCGUCAGAUCCACGAGUUUGGGGCCACACAGCUGUCCGCCUUGGUGUGGGCAAUGUCCAAAGGAGCCUUCCAAGAGCCUAGCCUUUUUCGCUCGGCGGCUGCCUGGCUCGCGGAAGAGAGGAACAUGACAUCCCUGGGCACUCAACAUGUUGCGAAUGUGCUGUGGUCGUUUGCUGUGGCACAUCAAUCCCCAGAGGAGGUAACCAAAUUGGUUGACAAAGGUGUGGUGCUGGCCGCUGAGUUCCGGACGCAAGAGCUGGCCGGCAUCAUUUGGGCGGCAGCAGUUGGCAGCUGGUCAUCGCAGAGAGACCUCCUAGGAGCCUUAUCGGAAGCUUCGACAGCCAAGGCCCCGCAGUUCCGAGCGGACGAGUUGGCAUCAGUGGCAGCAUCUGCAGCGAGGCUUGGCCAAGACACCAAGGCCUUGAAGCGUGCAUUGUUUCAGCGCCUCGACUCUGUCAGCGCGUGGCAGAGGCUCUCCCCCGACGAGCUGGCCGGUGGGCGCUUUGUGGGCGCUGGCGCAAGGGAAAAAGCACGCGACGGACAACGCGGCAGCGCCUCCAGAUGA